AUGUCUCUAUUAGUUUCAGAUUGUUCCCCUUGGAGGUCCAGUGAUUUGUUUUCUUGCUACACCAAACCCACAUAUCUUUUUCUCUCUGACAGACUUUUAGAAUUCGACGAAGGCAUAGAAGCGCUCGAAGCGGCCAUCGAAUUCAAAACCGACUCAAUCAACACGCAAAAGAACAAGUUGGGCGUUGAAAAACCCGAAUUCUCACAGAACGAGUUAGUGGCAAAACUAAACAGCUUGGGUCGAGAAGACGCCAUAUUCCUGCUAUCAAAAUAUUUCGAGAAAGUGAUCUCUCAUCGCGAGAAUGAACGAAAACAGCAAGUGAAGUGCGACGAUAUGACUCUCCGUGUUGACGAGCAAGACCGCGUGAUCAGGGAACUGGAACGAGGGUUCCAGCAGGCGGAUUUGCGGGCUGAACGCAGGCUAACUGAUCAGGCAAAGGAGUAUGAACAGCGAGUACAGUUCCUUAUGAAACAAGUCAAUGAUAUGGAGCAGCACACAAGGUAAGGUUCUAUCAGUUCACUGAGCUGCGUAUAUAUCUGGAGCGAGAAGUCGGGUCCAAAAAGUCAGCUUUGUGUUAACCGCGCAGACAAAAACAAUAGAAAGGGACUGGAAUUGACGUCCUAUAGCUUUUCAAUUUCCGCCAUCUUGGCAUAGCCAAUUGCCCACGUAAAAAUCUCACAAUUUGUCAACAAGAUGUGUUCGCAUCAGGCUUGUAGCAAGCUUGUCAACAAGUUGUAACAAUGUUGUUAUUUUAUCAAGUUGCUACAAGGUUGUCACUCACAACUUGUCAACAAGAUGUGUUCGCAACAGGCUUGUAGCAAGCUUGUCAACAAGUUGUAACAAUACUGUUAUUUCAUCAAGUUGCUACAAAGUUGUCACUCACAACUUGUUGACGAUAACAAGUUGUUGGAACAACCUGUAACAAGUUUGUUGAGCUCAACAACCUUGUAGCAAGCUUGUCAACAAGUUGUAACAAUGCUGUUAUUUUAUCAAGUUGCUACAAGGCACACAACUUGUUGACAAAUUGUUGAAUUGUAGGACGAUAACAAGUUGUUGGAACAACUUGUAACAAGUCUGUUGAGUUCAACAACCUUGUAGCAAGUUGUUAAGAAGAUAUAACAAUGUUGUUUUUUUAUCAAGUUGCUACAAGGUUGUCACUCACAACUUGUUGACAAAUUGUUGAAUUGCAGGACGAUAACAAGUUGUUGGAACAACUUGUAACAAGUUUAUUGAGCUCAAUAACCUUGUAGAAAGUUGUCAACAAGUUGUAACAAUGCUGUUAUUUUAUCAAGUUGCUACAAGUACAAAGUUGUCACUCACAACUUGUUGAAUUGUACAGUAGGACGAUAACAAGUUGUUGGAACAACUUGUCAACAAGAUGUGUUUGCAUCAGGGUUGUAGCAAGCUUGUCAACAAGAUGUAACGAUGCUGUUAUCAAGUUGCUACAAGGUUGUCACUCAUAACUUGUCGACAAGUUGUUGAAUUGCAGCAUGAUAAUAAGUUGUUGGAACAACUUGUAACAAGUCUGUUGAGCUCAACAACCUUGUAGCAACAAGCCGUUCACAACCUUGUAGCAACAAGCCGUCAACAAGCUGGAAACAAGCAGUGCGAACUCAUCCUGUUGACAAGUUGUUGGAACGGCAUUGUUACAAGUCUACUGAAGGUUUAUGCUGAACGUGUGUAGUUCUGUCGAAACAUCGUAAACAUGUCUUAUCUAAGAGAUGUAUUUCUUGACUUUAAUCAGUGAGAAAGAUGGUCGUAUUCACGAGCUCGAGAAGGACUUGUAUUACUACAAGAAAGUCAGUCGAGACUUGAAGAAGAGGCUGCGAGAACUGGCCGGGAAAGAUGGAGUACUGGACUCUAUGCAAACUAUGAGCGUACAGAGCGAGGCACCGUCUGAAGCUGAGCUUAGGUUGACUGUCGAGGUGAAGAGUCAGGAUAAGAAAGAGAAUAAAUUUUCUGAUGGAAAUAUUAAGGUAAUGUUAGUUUUUGUUUGCAACAAAUGCACAUGUAAAAACGCGCACGUUUUACGAUCUGCAAACAAGUUUUAACAAAGGUGUUGUCAAGCAGAUAUCAGGUUCGCACUGCUUGUUCCCAAUUGUUGUGACAAGUCUGGAACAAGUUGUUAACACCUUGUUACAAGAUCGAUGACGGCAACAGACUUGCUACAAGUUGUUCUAACAAGACUAAUACAGGCUGUUCGUAACAAGUUGCUACGAGCUUGUUGUCAUCAACUUGUGAACAACUUGUUACGUGCAGACGAUAUCAGACUUGUUGGAACAACUUGUUGCGAGUCUGUUGGCCUCAUCAACCUUGUUACAAGAUGAUUACAACUUGUUCCAGACUUGUCAACAACUGCGAACAAGCAGUGAGGUUUUCACGCGUGUAGUCGUAGGGUAAAGAACAAUUGUUUUGGAAACUGGUCAUCUCAUUUCUCUAGGCUGCACAAGUAAAAAUCUCACAUCUUGUAGCAAGUCUGCCAACAAGCCGUCAACAAGUUGUGUUCGCACUGCACGCGUAAAAACGCACAAGUUGUAACAAGCCUGCAAACAAGAUGUUACAAGUCUGUUCACAAGCUGUCAACAAGUUGUGUUCGCAUUGCUUGUUUCCCAGUUUGCUGUAACAAGUUUGGAACAAGCUGUUAACAACUUGUAACAAGCUUGAUGGCAUUGUCAGCCUUGUUACAAGACUGUGCUAACAAGUUUGUCACAGCCAUGAUAUAACAAGGAUGUUAAAGGUUGUCAACACAAGGUUGUAACAAUCUUGUUAUAUCAAGCAUGGCACAGAUUUGUCAGAACAACCUUGCAACAACUCUGAUAAUUUCGACAAGGUUGUUACAAGUUGUCAACAAGUUGUUCAAAACCUGUUGACAACUUGUGACAAGCAGUACGAAUACAUCUUGUUGACGGCUUGUUGGCAGACUUGUUACAAGAUGUGAGAUUUUUACGUGUGUAGUACUGCUUGGUCCUAGUUGUUGGAACAAGUUUGUUAACAACUUGUAACAACCUUGUUGAUAUUAUCAGACUUGUUGCAAAGUUGUUCCAACAAGUCUGAUGCAGUCAUGAGUCAUGACAUGACAAUAUAAAUAUUGUUAUACCAUCAACCGUGUAACAUUCUUGUUAUAUCAUGACUGUAUCAGACUUGUUAGAACAACCUUGUAACAAGUCUGAUAAUGCCAUCAAGCUUGUUACAAGUUGUUAGCAGCUUGUUCCAAUCUUGUUACAAUAACUGGGAACAAGCAGUGCGAACACAACUUGUCGACAGCUAGUUUUUACUUGUCUACCAGGCGCUGUUGAUAUCUCACAGAAGUUCAGAAACGAUUAUAAGCCCUCAAGAAUAAUUUGAUCUAUUUUGUGUAGACCGUAAUGGACAAGGUAGCUGGAGGUCAACCUUCUACUCCUGUGCGAGUGUCGCGAAAAGAUCUGAGGGAAUUAAG